CUGAUUGGCUCAUUUUGGUUACUGGCCCUGAGCUCCAGCAUUUGAAAGUGUUUGGCGGAGGGCCGUUUAGGUUAGGUCUUUGUGUCGAUAACGUACAUCCUUUUAACCGCAAUGCGUGGUAUGAUUGUUUGGAAAACAUUUUAAACUUUUUUUUUUAAUUACAACAACAAAAAUAGAGGAUCAGAGUUUAAUAUCGGAUACAUAGACAUGGCAGCCCAGCGCGUUGUUGAGGUUCCAAAAGCGGCCAAACAGACUUCCAGGGUUCGCGUGGCUGUGCGCCUACGGCCCUACAUGGUCAAGCAGGACGACAAGGGUGAAGGGGCCUGCGUUAGAGGCCUGGAUUCACAGACCCUGGAGAUAAUCAACUGGAGGAACGCCACAGAGACUCUACAGUACCAAUUUGAUGCCUUCCAUGACGAGCAGGCGACCCAACAGGAGGUUUUCCUCAGUUCAGUGAAGCCCAUUCUACCCCACAUACUUAAAGGACAGAAUGCCAGUGUCUUUGCCUAUGGUCCAACUGGAGCUGGUAAGACCCACACUAUGCUGGGUGGUCCUGAGCAGCCGGGGGUGAUCCCGCGGGCAGUCCGAGAGGUCUUCAACCUGGUGAAAGCCAAAGAGAAAGAGGACAACGCCUGGGACUACAGUAUCAGCAUGUCCUACCUUGAAAUAUACAAUGAGAAGGUGCUGGACCUCUUGUGCCCCAGCGCUCAGGACCUGCCCAUCCGGGAAGACAAGGACCGUAACAUCCUCAUCCCGGGACUUACCAACACGCCUCUCACGUCCUUCUCCGACUUCCACACUCAGUUCCUCCCUGCCAGCCUCAACCGCACCACGGCCUCCACCAAGCUCAACCAGCGCUCUAGUCGCAGCCACGCCGUUCUGCUCAUUAAGGUUGUGCGGACCCAGAGGGCUGUUCAGCAACGGGUGCAGACGGGCAAGCUCUAUCUGGUGGACCUUGCUGGUUCGGAGGACAACCGGCGCACAGGCAAUAAGGGCAUCCGGCUGAAGGAGAGCGGAGCCAUCAACCUCUCCUUGUUCACCCUCAGCAAGGUGGUGGACGCACUCAGCACCGGUGGCGGAGGCAGCGGACGUGUGCCUUACCGCGACAGCAAGCUGACACGGCUGCUGCAGGACUCGCUCGGUGGUUCGGCCCACUCUGUCAUGAUCACCAACAUCGCGCCGGAGUACACGUAUUACUUCGACACUUACACAGCUCUUAACUUCGCCGCAAAGUCUAAGCAGGUCAUCAACAAGCCCUUUGUACGGGAGACUGUAACCACACCAUCUGUACAAGUGGCAGUGAAAAGAUCCAGGGAGGAGCAAGAGGCUGUGGGGUCUGGUGAGCCCCAAAAGAAGAGGCUAAAUGUCCGUAAGAAGACAGACCCGGAGGAGCCCAUUGCCCCUGCACAGCUGCACAGCUCCACGGAUCCAUCUGUACUUAGUCGGCUGAUGGCUCUGGAGAAGCUGUUGAUGGGCACCCCAGUGAAGGAAAGACUCAAACUGCAUAGAGAGAUCCAGGAGCUGAAAGAGAAGCAGAAAGAGUUUGAAAGCAACGCCAAGACACUCGAAGUGUCAGGAAAUGCCACCACUGGCAAAGUCACAGACAGCAGGUUGGCGGGAGACUCUCCUCUUUUUAGGAUGCACCUGCCCCCAUUACAAAGAAAACAGACGACGGCAGCCAGAUCUAAAAAGCAACAGGCAGUAGUGUCACCCUUACACGUUGUCCAACUGUGUCCAGUGGUCAAAAAGCCACCCACUUGCCCAAAGAAAGAGAAGCUCCAGGUCCAUAGUGAGCUCCCAGAUGGCAAGGAGAAUGUAACAGCUGUUGGCUGGGAGUCUCACCUGGACAAACUGGUGCUGGACCAGUCCAAACACAAAAUCCUGCAGGUGCUUAACUUGGGCACCCUCAAAGACCUGAAAGGACUGCAGCAGAUAGGAGACAAAAAGGCCAAGCUAAUUCUAGGCUGGAGGGAGAUUCACGGCUCCUUCACCCAGUUGGAGGAUCUAACCCAAAUUGAGGGAAUUACAACUAAAAGACUUUCGUCCUUCAUUAAGGCCAACAUUCUCAGCACUAUGGGGACGUGAUUCUUCCUCUUCCAGCGUAUUUGAUUUUUAAUUUAGCCUGUCAUUUUAUUUGAUUUUUUUGUUUUUCUCUUCUCCCAUUCUAUGACGAUUUGUGUUUGUGAGCCUAUUGUUUUAUGUUAUUAUUCUGUUUUAUUUUUAUAUUUUUGUAGUAAUUGAGGUACUCCACUCGAUGGCGCAAUUUCAACAUUCAAUAAACAUCUCUACUAUGUAUUUGUCCUUA